GCCAUAAUGACUAUUAAUAUUAUUAAUGCGGUAGCUAAGAGUUGUACGGGAAACUACAGUCUCAUUUGGAGUGGCCUUACUGGAUCUAUAAAUACUGUCUUAAACUGUUGUACAGCAUAGGUUUAAUACUCUCCAGCAAGUUGCAAUGUCUGACUACAACGAAGAAGAGCAGAAUCCUGAUGCUAGUACUAGUGCAGACUCCCCACCCGCUGAAGGGGGACAGAGGCCAGCAGGGAACAUGAGUACCGACACCAGGUACAUCAGGAGCCUGGAGGGAAUCGUCAAACUAGUCUCAGUGCCCAUCUGUGUGUUGGGUUUCAUUCUGACUAUCAUCGGCAGUGCUGGCUUUGGAGGGUGGUACAUCUUCUUUGGAGUAAGCUUUAUCUUCUAUAUUGCCGUGGUGAUCGUCGUGGAGACUUUCAUACCCAACCACUACGUUCACAGACUCAUUGAUGCUGUCAUCAUGGGUAUCUAUGGCCUCCUCUUUGGACUGACAGCUAUUGCUAACCUCGCUUUGAGCAUUACCACAGGAUUUGCCAUUAUAGGAGUUGGCAUGAUAUUCUCUGUUGCCUGUUGUGGGCUGUGUGUGGCUGGAACUGUGUUCGCCAUUCAGACCUACAGACUGAACAACGGUCAAGGCUGGGCACCAUCAAAACCUAUAAUAGGACCAAAAGGCAACAUAAUUGCAAGAAAUGAACAAUGACACAUGUAGAUCUCACUAGUUUGUGUUACGCUGUACCUUCUCCUCUAUUGUCAGUAAUGUUUGUGUGCCACGCUUUCGGAAUACCAUUGAAUUAAUUUGUCAUGACAA